AUGGCCCGGAACGCUAUUGCCAAAGAUCAGUUUGUUAAGCUGAUUGUGGGUGCUGGCCAGGCCAGUCCCAGUCCCCCCGUCGGUCCGGCGCUUGGUAGUAAGGGUGUCAAGAGUAUGGACUAUUGCAAGGAGUUCAAUGCCCGUACUGCCCACAUCAAUCCGGGUACCCCUAUCCCUUCGCGUAUCACGGUCCGCCCGGAUCGAUCUUUCACCUUUGACCUCCGCACUCCGACUACCACCUACCUCUUGCUGAAUGCCGCCAACGUUGAGCCCCGGAAGAAUCGUCUGCGUGGUGCUCAAAAGCCCGGUCACGAGACUUGUGGUGAGGUGUCGCUCAAGCACAUCUAUGAGAUUGCCAAGAUCAAGCACAGUGAGACACGGUUAUCAGGAUUGAGUCUACAGGGGUUGUGUAAGAGUGUCAUGGCACAAGCCAAGUCCAUUGGCAUCUCAGUUGUGCCGUAA